UCAAAGGGGAUGAGUGCCGAGUCUGUCCCAUUCUGGCUGUCAGUCCCCGCGUGAGGAGGCCCUGAUAGCGGCACUGGCCCUGUGCGUGAGCGUGGGUGUGCGUGUGCGUUACUGCAGUGACUGUGACAAAAAAAAAGAAGACCCGCUUUUGGAACACCGAUUGAGAGUGAUACUUGUGAAGCGAUUUUGUUGUUUUGAGGAUACUCGAUGAGUGACACCGAGCAGAAAGCGGUCACCGAGAGGAUGUCAAGCUAUACGUAUAGCAAGGAAGGAGAAUGUGACUUAGGAUAAAGACAGGGAGGCUGUACCAUCAAUAAGAAAGACAGACAGGCAGGCAGACAGAGAGAGAAAGAGAGAGAAAGAGAGACAAACAGACAGAGAGGGAGAGAUAGACAAGCAGGUAGAGGGAGAGAAAGAGAGACAGAAAGAGAUAGCCAGGCAGACAGAGAGAAAGAGAGACAGACAGACAGACAGAAAGAGAUAGCCAGGCAGACAGAAAGAGAUAGCCAGGCAGACAGAGAGAUAGAGAGAAAGAUAGACAGACAGAUAGACAGAGGGAGAUAGACAGGCAGACAGAGAGAAAGAGAGACAGACAGACAGAGAGAGAGAGAUAAACAGACAAACAGACAGACAGACAAAGUAAGCAAGAACAUGAUCUGCAACACCUACCUCCUCAUUCCCGUCUGCCUCGCCCUCACCGGCGCCACCCCGGUUGUGGACGACACCCGGGCCCUUAGCGAAGCCGCAGGAAAGGAAAUCACUCCCUCGAGGCCUCCGGAAGACCUGGUCCUCGAGGACGACGCCGACGAAUCUCCUGAAGCAGAGACGUAUCGAGGAGCUCGCAGUUCGUUCAUGGAGAGAGCGAGGAACUACCCCUUUGACAAGAAAAAUAAGAAGGAGGAGGAAAGCAAAAACUACAGUCUUCCCAUCGUCGAGGAGAACAGCGUCAGAUUCUUCGACGUUUCGGCCGAGGAGGACCUCAUCCUCGAGGCGAACGGACAGAACGUGACGGGGAUCAGAGCUUCAGGUCCUGAGUGCCGGCUGGUGAACUUGGAGGUCCGGGCGGGUUAUGUCCUACACGAGGAACUCCGGGACAAGUGCAAGAAACUUCGGAACUUGACCCUGGCAGGAAAUAACUGGAGAUGCGCCGGGACUCUACAUCACUUCGUAGAGGCGAUGGAGGACAGGAUCUCCUACGAUAAGGCUAGAUGCGGCGAUAUCAAGUGCCCGACGGAUCAGGAACACAGGUAUUGCAGCCUCGAGGUGGGCAUGAACCUGACGAAGACGUAUGGACUCAAGGAAAUUGAAUGUCCUCCAGUCUGCGUGUGUUCCAUGAAUCUCUAUAGCGGUUUGUUCCACUACAUGGUGAACUGUGUAAAGGCUAACAUUACGGACGAAACAAUACCCCCUUUUCCACAAGCUACAAUGAGCCUAGAUCUCUCACAAAACAAGCUGACAUCCACAGAGCCUCUGUUUAAGAAGCUGAGUGAACUAAAGAAUCUGCAGAUCGUGUUCUUAGGAGACAAUCAGCUCGAGUCCGUUCCCUACUUCAAGAACAACUUCGCCAAACUCGAGCAAAUGUUCCUCAAUAACAACAAUAUUAAAUGGGUCAACGACAGUCCUGACACCUUCUCCUUGCAGCUGACAUCCACAGAGCCUCUGUUUAAGAAGCUGAGUGAACUAAAGAAUCUGCAGAUCGUGUUCUUAGGAGACAAUCAGCUCGAGUCCGUUCCCUACUUCAAGAACAACUUCGCCAAACUCGAGCAAAUGUUCCUCAAUAACAACAAUAUUAAAUGGCUCGAAGCUGCAGCAAUCAAGAGCAUUUUGCAAACAAAGAACAAGGAUUUCAGAAUCGAACUGCUGGGCAACCCCCUCGAAUGCGGACCAGACAUCUACGAAAUCAACUUUCUCCAGGCUAUCCAUUACAAGUUGAUCUCAAACUGGAAAAAGAUUAAGUGUACCGAUGGUGAGAAGGAAAAAUUCGUCAAGUUCUACAUCAAGGAGGACUCGAAGGGGUUGUCUGCCGAAUUCGACCCUCUGGUCAUGGGCAUCUGCCUCCUGGGCGCCAUGAACCUCUUCCUGAUGUACGUGAUCUACGACCUGUGGAUGGCCAAGAGGGAGAUGAGGAAGACCAUGGCGGGGAGGCGGCCGCUGCUCGACAGGAUCGUCUGCGGGGCCACCGUCUGCUGCGGGACCCUCUUCAGCCGCUCCUUCUGGCGCACUGAGGAGGAGCCCAGAGGGUCCAGCGACGCCUGCUACGAGAGCCCGGACCAGGUCGCCAUCAGGAAGAGGACGCCCAAAGCCGCCCGUGCCAAUGCCUCUGAGAAGAACGAACUCUGACGGCGUGCAUUAGGGUUCUCUGCAGACUUAUGAAUAACAUAGUGGUGUGAUGAAAGAGCACAGAACGGAACUUUUAAGUCCAUUUUUACUCGUUUUAAGUGCAAUGUGAUGCUUUAAUAAGAGUGUUAAAGCGUGUUUUAUUAAUGUGACUUGGUACAAUGGUAUAAUAUAAUCACGAUCUCUUCUGUGUCCUAAAUAUUUUUUUUUUUUUCUCAGGGCAUGUAAAGCAACAUUCUCUGAAAUAUUUAAUCCUUCGUGUCUCUUCCAUUUCUCUUUUUUUAUUUCUGAUUUUUAUUUCCUUUAUUUGUUUAAGAUAAAUCAUACAUCUCCCCUCUAUGUUUAUCUUUUUCUAACAGAAUAAGAUGAAUGUACUUAAUUGUAUACUUUAAGAAAUGAUGGAUUAGUAUAUAUUAUAUAUUUUUUACAAUUGUAGAUUUUUUUUACCAUCGUAGAUGAAUUAAUCAGACGGAAUUCCUUUAUCAAACUGUAACGAAACCGAAAGAAUGCGACUGGAUUGUUCAUCAUUAAAGCUGAUGAAUUUCCACAUUUUAUUGACUUUAAUAAUUAUUAUUAUUUCAAAGAGUACACUAUCUUUCGCAACACAAACACGUCAGGAAUAAGUGUUGAUGUCUAGAUUACUAAAUUAAUUGCAUUUUGUAUAUGUAAAAUAAAAUCUUACCUUUUUAAGCAAUAA